CCAAACGUCAGAUCAUCUUCCAAAAGGAAAAUAGAAGAGGCAAAUAAAACAAGAGAGCGGGGGUUCUGAAAAUUUCAAAUCCACAUCGCCAGCCCGCUCUCCCCCUCUCACAUGUAUUCACUCCCCGCCCAGAGAAACCAAAGGAGAUAGAUCGGAGUCGGAGAGGAAGUCAAACCGAAGUGAGGAUUCCGGCGGAGAGGCAGAUAGAGGAGAGUGCUAACCGAGAGUGUUCCUGCGGAGAGUCUACAAGUAGCGAAGAUUGCGUCGCCAGCUCCGUCUCCAUCCCGUGCCGGUGGAUCCAGCAGCAGAGCAGGAACUCGUCCGCCUUUCCUCUCUUCAUUGGGGAAAACUGACGGAAGAAUGUCCGGCCGCCAGGAGAAAGAGAAGGGCGUUAAUGUUCAGGUCCUGCUUCGUUGCAGGCCGUUUAGUGACGACGAGCUGAGGAGCAAUGCGCCACAAGUGGUGACUUGCAAUGAUUACCAGAGAGAAGUGGCGGUUUCGCAGAACAUCGCCGGGAAGCAUAUCGACCGAGUUUUCACUUUCGACAAGGUCUUUGGCCCUUCAGCUCAGCAAAGAGAUCUCUAUGACCAGGCAGUAGUACCGAUUGUAAACGAAGUUCUGGAAGGUUUUAACUGUACCAUUUUUGCAUAUGGUCAAACAGGUACAGGUAAGACUUACACCAUGGAGGGUGAAUGCAAAAGGGCAAAGAGUGGGCUUAAUGGAGAACUGCCCCAAGAAGCAGGGGUUAUUCCUAGAGCCGUGAAGCAAAUUUUUGAUACACUUGAAGGGCAGAAUGCUGAAUACAGUGUGAAAGUUACUUUCUUGGAGCUUUACAACGAGGAAAUCACUGAUUUGCUUGCCCCAGAAGAAAUUUCUAAGGUAGCUUUUGAAGAGAAGCAAAAGAAGCCCUUGCCACUUAUGGAGGAUGGGAAAGGUGGAGUUCUUGUUAGAGGUCUGGAAGAAGAAAUAGUGACAAGUGCAAGUGAGAUAUUCACUCUUCUGGAAAGAGGUUCCUCAAAACGCAGAACUGCUGAGACUUUGCUGAACAAGCAAUCAAGUCGUUCGCAUUCUCUCUUUUCGAUAACAAUCCACAUCAAAGAACCGACACCGGAGGGUGAGGAACUAAUCAAAUGUGGGAAAUUGAAUUUGGUGGAUCUGGCUGGCUCAGAAAAUAUUUCUCGGUCUGGUGCCAGAGAGGGCCGUGCCAGGGAAGCUGGCGAAAUCAACAAAAGUUUGCUUACACUGGGCCGGGUCAUCAGUGCUCUUGUGGAGCAUCUGGGCCAUAUUCCAUAUAGGGACAGCAAGCUCACAAGAUUGCUUCGUGAUUCGCUCGGGGGAAGAACAAAAACCUGCAUUAUAGCUACUGUUUCCCCUGCUGUUCACUGUUUGGAAGAGACAUUGAGUACACUGGAUUAUGCACACCGGGCCAAGCAUAUCAAGAAUAAGCCUGAGGUGAACCAAAAAAUGAUGAAAUCAACCCUUCUCAAGGAUCUUCAAGGUGAAAUUGAUAGACUGAAGGCAGAGGUUUAUGCUGCCCGUGAAAAGAAUGGUGUGUACAUCCCCAAGGAACGAUACUAUCAAGAGGAGUCAGAAAGGAAGGAAAUGGCUGAUCAGAUUGAACAAAUGGGGCUCACUAUAGAAACUCAUGAAAAGCAACUUGAGGAAUUGCAAGAGAAGUAUGAUGUACAAGUUCGGCAUUGUUCUGAUCUAAGUACCAAACUUGCUCACACAGAGAGAAACUUGCUGGAAACAAGCAGAUUGCUUGCUAAUACUGAGGAAGAACUGAAGAAGUGCCGUUACACACUGAACGAAAGGGAUUUUGUCAUUUCUGAACAAAGAAAAGCUGAAAAUGCUUUGAGCCAGCAAGCAUGUGCUUUGCGGUCCGACUUAGAGAAAGCUCUGAAAGACAAUGCUUCAUUGUUUGACAAGAUUGGUAGGGAAGACCAACUGCAUUCUGAGAAUAGAUCAGUAGUCAACAGUUUCCAGUCCGAGCUCUCUCAGCAGAUUGGUUGUCUUCGUAGCAUAGUUGCUAACUCUAUGUCGCAGCAGGAUGAGCAUCUGCAGUGUGUUGGCAAACUCUGUCAUUCUUUUAUGCAGACCCAUGACAAGGUGGUCAAGAAAUUGAAGAAGAAAUUGACAAACACGAGGACAGUAUACGCGUCCCACAUUGAAGCGUUGCAAAAUGUGGUUCGUCUGCACAAGUCGAAUUCUAUUGCUGGCCUGGAUGAGAUGUCAACUUUGGCUUCCUCCAAUGCACAGUCUAGUUUGGGUUGUAAUUGUCUCAUUUUGAUUCAGUAUCUAGCUUCAGAAGGUGUCCAAGCAGCUGCAGUAUUUGAUGACCUCCGGAACGCUCUCUCAGCUCACCAGGGUGAAAUGGCCAUUUUCGCAAGGGAGCUACGCCAGAGGUUCAACUCAAGUAGUGAGCAAACAAAGCAGAUUUCAGAUUACACAGAUGGAUUCCUUUGCAAACUGAUGGACCAAUCCCAAACUAUCCAAAAUCACGUGAUGGGAGUUGACAACAUCCAAAUGAACAGCAUUGCUGAUUUCCAGAAAGCUUAUGAGGAACAAUGUAAAUCUGAAGCGGAUAAGCUUGUUGCCGAUAUCAGCAAUCUUCUUUCUAAUCACAUUCUCCGUCAAAAGGAGCUGGUGAAUACAAGGCUUGAUGUUCUCAGAGAAGCUGCUGUUGAAAACCGGACAUUUAUGGAUGGCCAAGUCUCCUCAUUGGAGAAUAUUACCACUGAAGCGAAACGAAAAUGGAAAGAGUUUUGCGUCCAAGCUGGAAGUGAAGCCAAGGAUGGUGCAGAUUAUUCUGCUGCAAAACAUUGUCGCAUGGAGAUACUCCUCCAACAAAGCGUGACCAAUGCCGAAUCAGCUUUCCAGCACUGCAAAAAGACUCGUGACUCUGUGAACGAAAUGUGCACCGAGCAUGUCUCGUCUUUGUCUACCCUCGUCAGAGAUGCAACUGAAAACAUCGAGCAACAUGAUGCUGAGAUUGAUUCAGCAAGGACAGCAGCUGAGCAAGAUGUAGCAACGAAUAGCCAAGACAUUCUUCAGCACAUUGAUGGUAUGUCAGCGCAAGAACGUGAAUCAGUUUCAGGCAUAGUGACAACGGUUGAAGCACACACGAAAACACUGGAGACUUUCCGGGAAGAUCACUCUGGUCAAGCUGCGGUCAUGGAGAACAAAUCACAAGAAACCUUCCAGCAGCGCUUUAUGGACUACGAUCCAACGGGGACGACUCCGAUGAGGACGGAGCCGGAGGUUCCGAGCAAGGGGACAAUCGAAUCGCUAAGAGCAAUGCCGAUGGAAGCAUUGGUGGAGGAAUUCCGAGAGAACAACUCAUACGACUCGUUUGAGGUGAAGGAACUCAAACCUUCUCUUAUCCCACGCCCGCCCCUGGCCCAACUCAAUUAGCGGGGAAAAGAAACAACUACAUUCUGCCGCUCAUCUUUGUUCUUAAUAUACACCUUCCCGUUUGAUGGUUAAGUUUGCAGCUUUUUGCUUGUACCAUUGUUACACACUCUCUGUCGUAGUCAGUCAGCUAGCUGUUAAGUUUCUGUUUUGUUGGUGUAUUGGCUGUAAUGAAUGAAUAAAUCCCUUCUCGGGAUUUAAGUCACUUUUCCUGUCUUUGUGUAAGAAUAUGUGUAAAGAGGCUAAAAAGCUGGAGACGACGGACGGCCUCUGCUAUACUAUUAUGUUUAUGUAUAGCAUCGUUUUUGCUCGGAAAGAUCGGCAGGAAAUGUUGUUUGUUUGUUUUUAUUUUUCAGUGGGAACUACGGGAAGGUUGCGAGUUUCUGGGGCUUGGAUUAGGUCAAGUGAUAAUACAUAGGAGUAAACAGGUGAUGGAGCAAAUAGUUGAAGGGGAGAAAAUGGACUCUUUCCAGGUCCUGAAUAGGCUUCUAAGC